CCUCCUCCUCUUGCUCCUCCUCCAUUAUCAACGUGAAGUCCGAGGAGCUGCAGCGGGACUCGCAGGAGGCCUGACCGGGGAGGAGACAGGAUGAGAGCCGCCGGGACGGAGAGGAGACCGGAGCCGCCGCCGCUGAAUCCCGGAGGAGACGACAUGACAGCGGAGUGAAGAGAGGACGCGGCUACACUCAGGAUGUCUGGCCCGGCCGGACCGGCACCGCCCGCCGGAUCGGGACCGGGGCUCGGGCCGGAGCCGGGACCGGACCUGAGCCACCUGACGGAGGAGGAGCGGAGCAUCAUCCUGUCGGUGGUGGAGAGACAGAAGAAGGAGGAGGAGAAGGAGCAGAGCAUGCUCAAGGAUCAGGAGGGAAUCAAACCUCCGUUGGCCUCGUGGAAUCUGUUGUCGGGGUUCAGUCAGUUGGUCAAUAACGUUGCAGCCAAUGUGUCCGAAGUUCUGCUGGUUAAAAGUCCAACUGACGACGAGUCGCAGACGAAGUUACAUCAGCAGUUCGAGAUGUACAAGGACCAGGUGAAGAAGCUGGGGGAGGAGCCUCAGGCCGCUCAGACAGCGAGGGCGGAGUCUCCGACCUGUGGCAUCUGUCGCAAAACGAAGUUCGCCGAUGGUUGCGGCCGAGCGUGCUGCUACUGUCAGAGCCGCUUCUGUGCCCGCUGCGGGGGGCGGGUUCCUCUCAGAGCCAAUAAGGUGAUGUGGGUUUGUAACGUGUGCAGGAGGAAGCAGGAGAUUCUCACUCAGUCGGGCGAGUUUCAUUCCAACUCAACAUCGCUGUCUGUCAACCACACGUCACAGGGGGUUCCACACCCACCAAUGCAGGGGUCGCCGGGGGGCACAAGACCCCUGAGCAACGGAGCCACAGAGCG